AUGGCAUUGGCGUUCUGGAACCCCGAAAUUGCCAAGCACCAAGCCAUAUACAAGCCAGCUACCGACAACGUCUUCUCUUGGCUACGGAGUCUUUACGGGUGCUCCGAGGACACCAAAGUUAACUACUACCGCACACUCGCCAGUAGGGCAGCCCGAGAUGGCAAGCAAAUGCCCGACAAUAUCCUCGACGACCUCCAGGACGCCAUCGAACUCCGCUCCGAGGCGGCCAAUUGGUUUAGACGGGCAGGGACAGCUCACGCCGAAGAGUGCCGUAGACACGAGCACAUAAUCAGCGUCCUCCAAGACAUCCUGGCGGCCUUUGGCCCCUCAUCACCAUUAGUACCGCUUCCGGGGCCAUCGACGAGCCCAGCACCUUUAAGAGCGCCAUCACCAUCACCAUCACUAUCACCUGCUCGGAGGGUGGACGUCCCAUGGCGUUCUCAGCGAUGCGGACCACCUGAAUGGCUACCCGUCCGCCCACGUCAGGAAUUUGGCCCCUCUGCUAAAUGUGCCAGCGUGCCCCGGAACCUCAAAUCACAUCUCAUCCACCACCAGAACUGGAGAGUGCUUUGA